GGUCCUCUAGCCUGUAUACGUGCGCGUUCUCGAGUGAGCUCGGAACAAGUAGAGGACGACGAGGCUUCAGUCCAAACCGUCUUUGCCUCUGGAAACAGGCCCGAUAUUUACGCUGUUACGUAUUUAAAAACAUUUAACCAUGAGAAGGAAGCUGUUUGGCGUAAUUCUCGCCGUUUGUAUCGGUUGGUUCAAAGCCGAGGCUCUGACAGCGGGCUUCAUAAAAUCGCCCUUGUCUCAGAUGAAACUCAUAGAAGACAGUGCCGAGCUGGAUUGCGAGGUCAUAGGGAACCCAAUCCCCGAAGUUCUGUGGUGGUUCAUUGAGGGUGAAGAGCCGAUUGAAACGGUCACUCAGCUGUUUGACGGUGCGAGAGAGGAUUGCGUACACAUCAAUGCCACCUAUAUCAACCACGCCACCAGCACACUCAUCCUCACCAACCUAACACUCAACGACACGGGUGUUUACGAGUGCCGUGCGUCAAACGACCCCGACCGCAAUGACCUCAAGACCCCACCCAAAGUCAAGUGGAUUCGCUCACAAGCGAACGUUAUAGUGUUUGAACAUGCAGCCAUCACGACCAAACCAGAGGUGGUGAACGACCAGAACCAGACCUCUGCAACACUCAGCUGCAACCUUACCAACCCUUCUUCUCCCAUCAAAGGCUAUUAUUGGACCCAUAAUGGCAAGACCAUUGACAAAUCAGAGUCAACCACUGGAAAAGCUUUCAUUGAACACGAAAUUAAAAAGAUUGAUUACCACUCUGCUGGACUAUAUGCAUGUGUCUUCCAAACAGAACCUGAGGUUAAUGCGACCAUUGAAGUUAAAGUUCUCCCACAUGUAGUGGCCUACAAACACUCUGAAAAUGCUAAUGAGAAAGACAAGGCUGUCCUAAUAUGUGUGAGCCAUGGAUACCCUCUGCCUACUGACUGGAGUUGGUAUAAGCUCAGUGAAGAUGAAAGUGAAAAGACGCCCAUUGUCAAUGGCACUAUUGACAAGUAUGAGAUCAAGAACACCCCCAACAAGACCACGCUGUACGUGAAAGAUCUGGACAUCAACAAGGACAUGGGCAUGUACCAGUGCCAGGGCACCAAUGAAAUAGGAUCAGCCAGUGAUAAGAUUCAGCUGCGUGUGCGUAGCCAACUGGCCGCCCUUUGGCCAUUCCUCGGCAUUGUCGCUGAGGUCAUUAUUCUCAUCACCAUCAUCUUCAUCUACGAGAAGAGGAGAAAGCCAGACGAGAUCAAUGACGAUGAUGACUCAGGAUCUGCACCACUGAAGAGCAAUGCCGCUACAAACCACAAAGACAAAAAUGUCCGGCAAAGGAACUCCAACUGAGAAAGGAGAAAAGGUGUCCUGAUGACUACUGUUGAAGAUAAAUGGAGAAUGCUUUGAGUUGCUUAGUAGCACAUUAUAGUGCAUCCUGCGAGUUCUUACCCUUCUGCUUGAGUGUAAACGUCUUGAGAUAAUAAUUGGUCUCCUUUUACUUUUAUUCCUAUCCAUUUUGUGCUGCCAGCUGACGUUUUUAAAAUGUUUUUUUUGGGGGGAACUGCAUGAUUGUAUUCUUGCUGUAGAAGUGUGUGCUUAGUGAAUCUCUUAAUGUGGGAAGGAAUUUUUUUUUUUCCGUCUUCCUGGUUUCUUUCACUGUUCCUCACGAGUGUACACACCACAACUUUCCGAAACAUCUACCGAGUGUAAUUGAAUCACUGUUCAGCCGCAUUCGAAUUUAACCAUGUUUAGUGUAUACAAAUAGAUCGCUGAAUCAAGUUUUUAUGACAGCAGUCGUUUUCCUUUCUGUAAGCCUUAAUGUUUAGCCACUUUAUUGUACAUGCUAGUUUUAAUUAUUGAAAUUUAAAUUAACAACUUUUAUGUGCAGUACUCAUGUCGUCGCUGCACAUUAAAGUGCACUAUUCCAUGUGGAUGGUCAAAUGCCACUUUAUUUUGUCAGGCUAACAAUUUUCUGUUUAAUAAUGUCAAACAAGCUUAUUUUAAAGUUGAUAAUGUAGUUUCUAAUGUUGACUUUUAGGAUUCCUCCUGCCUAACCCUUAAGGACCAAGUGCUAGUAGUACAGUGUGUCAUUUGCUGUUUGCGUAAUUGUUAUAAUUGUUUCCCAAAUUCUAACAUGGAGGACAAUGAUAUGGUUAUAAAUAUUUAGGUAAAGUCAGUGAAGGUGGGGUUUUCGUGAAGGCUUUUGCUUAAAUGAUACUCUCCUAUAGACCGUCAUACUUGCAUUGUAAUACAUUAAGUAUAGUGUCUGGAUGUGUGCCGUUUCCAAGUUAAGAGAUGCGUAAAAUUUAAGACAUUGUUAGAAGUGUAUAAAUUAUUUUGCCUUAGCUUCAUAGCAAAUCUAAUACACUGUCAACUGUACUGACUUGCACAAUCUAAAUAAACUUAUUUGAUUUGAA